GCUUUGAUUGAACAGAGGGAUAAAAAUAUCAACACCUUUGCCAUGAGGCUUAAGGAAUGGUUCUCUUGGCACUUCCCAGAGCUUGUUAAGAUUGUCACCGAUAACUCCAUUUAUGCCUUGCUAGUACAUCUCAUCGGAAAUAGAGAAAACAUUAACGAAGCUUUACUUCCUAAAUUAGAAGAGAUCACUUUGGAUGAAGAAAAAGCAAAGGAAAUCAUUGAGGCCAAUAAUGCUUCAAUGGGGCAAGACAUAUCUGAGAAUGACACUGCCCAGAUCAAAAUGUUCUCUUCUAGGAUAGUUGAGAUGGUCAACUACAGAACAUCCCUCGGUGAAUACCUUCACAACAGAAUGCUCAAUGUUGCUCCAAAUCUGUCUGCUCUCAUUGGAGAUAAUGUUGGAGCAAAGUUGAUCUCACAGGCUGGAUCUUUGGUAAACCUUGCUAAAUACUCAGCAUCAACCAUCCAGAUUUUGGGAGCUGAAAAGGCACUGUUUAGGUCUCUCAAGCAGGAGGAAAUACUCCAAAGUAUGGUAUCAUCUAUAACAGUUCCUUUAUUUCAAGAGCUGGAAUCAAGAAUAAAGGAAAGAUCUCUCGUUAUAUUGCAAACAAACUCGCUAUCACAGCCAGAUUUGAUCAAUUUGCUCUCAUUCCAAACACUAAGAUGGGAGAAGCCCUCAAGGAGCAAGUCGAGGAGCGUCUCAGGUUCUUCGCAUCUGGUGACAAGCCAAAGACCAACAGAGACGUCAUGGCUUCUGUUCUCGAAGAGCUCGAGGCUGACGGCCUCUAUGCCACAGCUGAAGAAACUGCUAAUGAAGAAGCUGAUCAAAGCGAGGAGGGGAAGCUCCAAAGAAGAAGUCCAAGAAAGACAAGAAAGAGAAGAAGUCUAAAAAGAGCAAAAAGAGAAAGCAUUCCGAGAUGGAGGAACAAGACGUUGAAGCCAAAGCCACCUACGAGAAGAAGAAAAAGAAGAAGAAGAAGAGUAAGAAGGCUAAAGUUGAUGAUGAAGAAUAAAUUAAAAUACUUU